UUUAAUUAACAAAAAAUAAAUCCGAAAAGAAGAACAAUUAAAACGACAAAAGAAUUUUAAGUCGGAGGGAUGCGUGACGAUAACAACCACAAUAAAUUAAUCACACAAAUUCAUAUCUUAAUAAAUAUUUAGAAGAAGAAAAUAUUUUGAAGGAAAUUCGUACCUUUCGUCAUUUUUAUAUAAAAAGUAAAUUUAAACUAAAAAAAAUAAAAAUUAAAAAGAAAAGAAAAUUAUAAUUCAAAUUCGAGGUGAUAAUAUUCAAUAAAAUGCAAUUUAAUAAAUUGAAUUCUUAAAAAGGAAUUAAAUAUUCAAACGCUUACAACCACCAAAAACCAAAUAAAAUAAAAAUAAAUAAAUUUUAGUCAAAUAAACCGUAGCUGUUAAGGUAAAUUAAAACAAUAAAAUAAAAACGUGAAACAAAAAGUUAAAGAUAAACAAUAACGCAACAAAUUAGAACAAAUUAUUUAAGAGAAUGACUGGUUCAGCCGAUGGAAACACAAUAACAGCCUCUAUGUCAGGAGUGCCUAGUAUAAUGAAUAGUUUAAAUAGCCUAGCUAGUAGCAAAUUAAGUGUACAUAGUCGACCUAAGUCACCCGAAGCCGAAGAAGUGAUAGCCGAAUUGUUGGAAAAAGCCAAAUUUUAUACGUCUUUAUGUCUAGGCACUACUGCGAUUCUUUCUGUCUUCGCAUUUUUAUUUCUCAUCCCGUUUGUGGUGGAUCCAGCUAUAUCAACAAUAGUGGCUGACUAUGAUCAAGCACCAGUCACCUGUAUGGUGGUAGAUCAUGUCUACGGUGAAGGACUGAAGAAUUGUACUUGGUCGUCUUGUCGGGAGGGCUGUACAACCGCAGCAACACGAUGCCAUCAGUUGCUAGUAAAUUAUUCGAAAAUUCCGUGGGACGAUUGGCAAAAUAAGCCGAGACGCUUAGAUUCAAUCGAAUGGGACGUAGCUGACACCCGUUUGUUGAUCAAUUCGGAAGGAUGUGGUUAUCCGCCUCGGGUUAACUGUACCGAGUUUGCUAAACAAUAUGGUUUCUCACACAUUGGCGAACCGUUUCCGUGUUUUUACAGUCGAGCGUACCCGGAAAUGGUAAUAACACGCUAUUCGUGGGAAGACAAUCUAAAACAUUUGAUUCUGUCGCUAAUCAUUCCGAAUGUUUUAUUUGCAAUAUCGAUUGGUGUGCUGAGCUAUUGGUAUUGUCCUUGCUGUGAUAAAGCUUGCCGCAAGUCUAGAGUUUAUGCGGAGAAAUUUCCAACCAAAGAAGAAAAACUUCUUUGCCGGAGCGACGAUGAAGAUGACGAGUUGGACUUCUAAGAUAUUGUUAAUGAUGAAUAGUUUCUAUAAUGACAGUAUUGCAAAGCCUAUUUUUUAGAAAAACAAAUUUCCUACAAAAUUCUAGAAGUUCUUACAAUUUCGAGAAAGAAUCAUAAAACCCACAAAAAUAUUUCUGGCCAAGACAUUCUUAAAGUCGAUUUUUCA